UACCCAAAAUAUAUUGAAGACAGUAGGACAGAAAACGAAAAUAAGUACCCAAGAGAAUGGAAACCCAAAGAAGUUGUUAGGUCCGGUAUUCAAGUUACUACAAACAUGUAUUAUGAGAGUAUAAACAUUCCGUCUUGUGCAUCAAAGAUUCCAGAAUCAGCAGACAGCCUACCAAACAACAUUAAAACUUAUUGGUUCUGUCAGGAUUGUAAAAAGACAUUUUCCUAUGUAAAAGCUCAAGUUAUCCAGCAUGUCAACGACGAUUGUACUGCCAUUCCUGCUUAG